AGGAAGCUCGGAACCAGAAGGCUCCGGGGCCCAGGGUUGCCUGCCAUGUCUGCGGGAAGCCCCGGCGUGGGAUCCGUGUCCCUGGACUCCUCCAUGUUCUCCAUACCCUUGGUCGCACUCAACGUGGGAGUGAGACGCCGCCUCUCGCUAUUCUUGAACGUUCGGACGCCCGUGGCAGCCGACUGGACCGUGCUGGCAGAGGAGAUGGGCUUCGAGUACUUGGAGAUCCGAGAGCUGGAGACACGCCCCGAUCCCACUCGCAGUUUGUUGGAUGCCUGGCAGGGACGCUCUGGCGCGUCGGUCGGCAGGCUGCUAGAGAUGCUGGCCUUGUUAGACCGUGAGGAUAUACUGAAGGAGCUGAGGCCUCGCAUCGAGGAGGACUGCCGGAAAUACAUAAAGAAGCUGCAGGACCAGGAGUCUGAGAAGCCCUUACAGGUGGCCAGAGUGGAAAGCAGUGUCCCACAAACAAAGGAGCUGGGAGGCAUCACCACCCUUGAUGACCCCCUGGGACAAAUGCCAGAGCUUUUUGAUGCCUUCAUCUGCUACUGCCCCAGUGAUAUUGGGUUUGUGCAGGAAAUGAUCCGGCAACUAGAACAGACAGACUAUCGGCUUAAGUUGUGCGUGUCCGAUCGUGAUGUCCUGCCCGGCACCUGUGUCUGGUCCAUUGCCAGCGAGCUCAUUGAGAAAAGGUGUCGCCGCAUGGUGGUGGUUGUUUCUGACGAUUAUCUACAGAGCAAGGAAUGUGACUUCCAGACCAAGUUUGCUCUCAGCCUGUCUCCAGGUGUCCAGCAGAAGCGACUGAUCCCUAUCAAAUACAAAGCUAUGAAGAAGGACUUUCCCAGUAUCCUGCGGUUCAUCACUAUCUGCGACUAUACCAACCCUUGCACCAAGUCUUGGUUCUGGACCCGCCUUGCCAAGGCUUUGUCCCUGCCCUGAAGAUGACCCUUGGAGCCCUAGGGCAGAGGUGAAGAUGAGCUGACUUGGAGCCGGAUUCUCUGAUGCUGUCUUGUCUACAUCUUUGACUGCCCUCAGGCUCAGCCCAUGUUCAGUGGUGACUGGCCUGAGCAAACUGGGACUGCCUUUCAUUCCCACCCACCCAUGCCAGUGCAUGCCUCUCAGUUUUGCCUUGCUUGAGGUGGGAUACUGUCCUCUGACAUGCCUAUGAGCUGGGUCACUAGGACGACAAGGACAAUGUCAUCAGGGAAGCUUCUUCCCUGGCUCACCAACAUGAAGGCUUUCUACCAACUUUCUGUACCUCAAUUACUAGAUUUGUUAACAAGCCGCAAACACACAAAAACAUUCCAUCCCCGGUGGCUGAAGGCAUGUGGCCCCCAUUAUAGUCUUGUUCAUGUAGAUGCGUAUAAGCACACACGUGUUCCCUCAGACACACAGGCAUCUGCAUACAUGUAUUUCCUUUGGGACAGCUCCCAAGAAUAGCUGAGUGGAAGAGUUCUAUUAUCAAGGGGGCUUGGCCAUCUCCCUGCACAAAAAUGGGGUGGCUUUGCUACAGUGCCUAUAGUUCCAGCAUUUGGGAGAUGGAGGCAGGAGAAUCAAGAGUUCAAGGUUAUCCUUGGCUACUCACCAAGUUUAAAGU